ACUAAAAGUGACGUCAUAAAUAAUUAUUGAUAUUAAGCACAAACGACAACACUAUUGCAAACAUGGAUUCAAUUAAACAUUCGACAAUGCAAAUUGAUAAUGAAGAGUUCGGAUCGAUUCAACCAAGGGGGGACCUUAAGUCUCAGGACGAAAAAAUGACUUGUGAUCAAGUUCAGAACAGUACUGGCGGAUUUGUGUACAAUGUUAAUGACUUGACACGAGUUUUAAGAUUCCUAUGUUUGGGCACUGAAGGUGGAUCGUAUUACGCAAAAGAACCAGAAUUAAAAAGGGAAAAUAUUCAGUGUAUUGACAGACUGAUAAUGAAUGGAAGGGGAACCGAGGUGGUCGAAUUAAUUUAUACAGUGAGCACCCAAGGGCGAGCGUGUAAACAGGGGCCAACAUUGUAUGCUUUGGCCAUAUGUUCCAGAUGUAAUGAUUCGAAAACAAAAACUGCAGCCUACAAAAUUCUUGGCAGUGUUUGUCGGAUACCUACACAUCUUUUUGAAUUUGUUAAGUACUGCGAGAAAGAAAGUUCAGGGACGGGGUGGGGUAGAGCGCACAGAGUGGCUAUCGGUAAAUGGUAUAAUGAUUUUUCAAAAGACCCCAAAAAGUUGGCAUACCUUGUAACAAAGUACCAGAAUCGUCAUUCUUGGAGUCAUCGGGAUGUUGUCCGCUUAGCACACAUCAAACCGGAAGAUAGUAAAAUUGACAUGAUUUUAAAGUAUGUAGUGAAGGAUAUGGCAAGUGCAAAUAGUUUGUACUCUGAAGAUAAGUCUGUUGUAGAUGUGAAAGCUUUUCUUGAUGCCGUCGAAGAAGCAAAGAAAUGCACGAAAAGUGACAUCGACAAAUUACGAGCCUUAAUCGUUGAACACCAGUUAGUCCGUGAACAUGUUCCAACAGGACUACUGGACUCGAAAGAAGUAUGGGACACUCUCCUUCGUUUAAUGCCAAUGAUGGCUAUGAUUCGGAAUCUUGGCAAGAUGUCUACCUUAGGACUGUUAGAUUCUGGAUCCGUCGGAGAAACACUAGUAGUGAGCAAACUUGGAAAUGAAGAAUUGCUGAAGUCCGCUAGAAUUCAUCCGUUCUCUCUUCUUGUUGCGUGGAAUCAGUACAAAGCAGGACGGGGUAGUAAGGGCAAACUUUCGUGGAGCGUGAAUGACAAUAUAACAAAAGCUUUAGAGGAGGCUUUCUACAAAGCGUUUAAGUUUGUUCCUCCGACAGGAAAACGCUACCUUCUUGCAGUAGACGUCAGUGGAUCAAUGCAAACACCUGUAAUUGGGUCGUCCGAGAUCGAGGCGUUCGAAGCAUCAGCAGCCAUGAUGUUGUUGACUGCAAGAACAGAGGAAAAUUUUGAGGUCAUCGCAUUCUCAAAGGGUUACACAAAACUCGAUAUCUAUAGAGGAGACACUCUUAAAACGGUUCUGAAGAAAUGCAGUAAUCUUCCGUUUUCGGGCACUGACUGUUCAAUGCCAAUGUUAUAUGCUAUUGACCACAAAAAGAAAUUUGACGUCUUCAUUGUUUAUACCGACUCCGAAACUUAUCAUGGAAAAAUGCAUCCAUCUGAGGCUCUAAAACAAUACAGAGAAUACGCGAAGAUACAUGAUGCUCGGCUGAUUGUAGUUGGUAUGGUCAGUAAUGGCUUCUCCAUCGCAGAUCCCAACGACCCGUUCAUGAUGGAUGUUGUCGGCUUCGAUACUGAAGCACCAAAAGCCAUGUCGAAUUUCGUAACUGGAAAGUUUUAAUUACAUUUUGAAUGCAUGUAAAUAUCGCAUAUAUAGAUAUAUAUUAACAAGACUAAAAAAAUUACAAUUUUAAUCCUAAAAAAAAUUAAAAAAAGAAAAUUAUUUUAAAGUAUACCAUGUCCAACGAGUUAUUAUCAUUAUAGUUGUUUUGAUCACUUUUUCAGAAGUAUAUUCUAUAAUCGUUCUUUUCCGUUUGACCUCGUUGUGAAAUUGUUUUACUGUGCAUCAGGAAGUAAGCAACUAUGAUUCAAAUAGGUACCUUUAGUUACAAAUGAGAAAAUGACAGUUUGGCAUUAUAUCGCCAUUUUUUAGCUCACCUGGUCGAAAGGCCAAGUGAGCUUUUCUCAUCACUUGGCGUUAAACUUUACAAAAAUCUCUUCCACAUUUAACCAAACUUGGCCACAAUCAUCAUUAAGGUAUCUAGUUUUAAAAAUGUGUCCAAUGAACCUGCCCUCCAAUCAACAUGGCUGACAUGGCUAAAAAUAGAACGUAGGGGUAAAAUGCAAGUUUUCUCUAUUAUCUCGAAAACCUCUUUGAAUAGAGAAAAUAUGACGGACAGAAAUGUUUAGAAUUGUGAGAUCUCCCUGCUGUCCAUUUAUUUCUAAACUGUCAGACGACUUCUUAUGGGAGUUAUUGUCCUGAAACGUCAAAUGUUACCAUUUUUUUUUCUUCGUUUUUGCUGAUUAUUUUGUAAACUAUUAAAGAUAGAGAGAAUCUUAAAUUAGGAAAAGUCAUCAGCAAGAAAAGAUUUCCAAAUAAGUCAAACAUUGCUGAACACUUCUGUCGACUCGUGAUUGGAGUUAUUGCCCUUUAAAGAAGAUUUUUAUCAUUUUGUUUUAGUUUUUACCUUUUAUCUUGUAAGGUAUAAUAGAUACAAAUGUAAAUAUAAACUUUAAAAAGCAAAAAUGAUCAGCAGGACAAGAUCUACAAAUACGUCAACAUCACUAAAAUUGUCAGCUAACUCUUUAUACGGUUAUUGCCCUUUCAUGAUGUUUUUUUUUACCAAAAAAGUGGCCAUUGUUGAAGGAACAGGUGAGCGACACGGGCUCUUUAGAGUCUCUAAUUAAACUAGUUUAGAAACCUCAGAACCAACAACUGUUUUACUUUUCUGUAGAAAAAAGGUUACCACAAUGUCGUUUAUCUGUUGAUAUCUAGCUUCUUUGAAUAUGUGAAGUAUUUGCUGCUGAACAUUUAGCCAACAGUAGUCAAUCUGUUUUGGGUCUCUUUUAAAUCGGUCGGUUGUAAUUUCAGAACGGAAUUGAUCCAAUAUAUUCAAACGCGACAGAUUGCCCCUUGAAAUCAGUAAUCGGCUAUCAAUAAAUAAAUAAAUAAAUAAAUAUUGAUCAAGUACAAAAGUAAAGAAUUCCUAUCUUGAACAGAGUCUGAUAUAUGACCAUUACAACUCCGAAUUAGCAGUCUUUAAUUAGGAAUUGAGUAUCAGUGAUACCAAUAUUCAUAGUGAGACAAAAAUAAUUAAUGAGCUCUAGUAUAUGGUUGAUGGGAAAAAAAGCAAUCUGACUGCUUGCUUAGAAAUGUUUUAAAAGUCUUAAGUAACUAAAAUGAGAAGAAUAAUAAUAUUUAAACAAAUAUAUUAAAUCAUGAUGAACAAUCAAAAUGGUACAUUUUCGCUAUCAAAAAGUAAAAUCACAAAAAUACUGAACUCUGAGGAAAAUUCAAUCGGAAAGUCCCUAAUCACAUGGCAAAAUCAAAUGACAAAACACAUCAAACGAAUGGACAACAACUGUCAUAUUCCUGACUUGGUACAGGCAUUUUCAAAUGUAGAAAAUGGUGGAUUGAACCUGGUUUUAUAGCGCUAAACCUCUCACUUGUACGACAGUCUUAUCAAAUUCAACCCAGUACAUAACAGAACAUCCUUCCGCAAGAUAAAAUUAUCGACAGUGUCCAUCGUAUAUUGUCUUUUAAUAUAAAUAAAGUCUUUUUUACCAUUAUCACGUUGAUGUACCAAGUUUGUCGUUAUAAAUAGGAACAAAAUUCCGUCAACAUAAUAAAAACAUUAACACGUCUUCUCCAAAAAAUCAAGACCGAUAUAAAGAACGUCUUCAUUAAAUAGUCUUUAGAACUGAGGGCGACAAACCCAUGUCAGACAGGUUCAUAAUAUGUAUGUAACUGUAGUUAAUUUAAUCUUACAUUUGUGUAUCAAGUUAAUUGUUUAUUUGUAUGUAUAUAUUUUAUUUGUUAUUGCUUGACCCUUAUGGGUGUAAUUUUGCAAUUAAGAUUAAAUUGUAACGAAAUAUAUGUGCCACCAAAAUUGCACUUGCACGAAUAUUCCAGCUUGUAAUUUGUUUCUACAUUAUACCUUUUUGUUCGUCUUUGGUUCACAAAACGUAAUGAAAAAAAAAAAACAACGGAGAAUCAUCUAAUAUCAUAAAAUCUUGUGCAGUCUAUACAAAUGUGCUGGUUCAAAAAAAUGUAAUUCAGGCAAAACCAGAAAUUAGCUCUUUUCCAAUUUGCUCACCUAUUCAAUACUGCACUAAAAUGAAUAUCAUCGGAUAGUAUAUACUGGGUUUUAAUUUUUUUAAAUUGAGAAUGGAAAUGGGGAAUGUGUCAAAGAGACAACAACCCGACCAUAGAGCAGACAACAGCCGAAGGCCACCAAUGGGUCUUCAAUGCAGCGAGAAAUUUCCGCACCCGGAGGCGUCCUUCAGCUGGCCCCUAAACAAAUAUGUACACCAGUUUUGCAUGGUUAACUUGCAGCUUCAAAUAUUUUAUGGAUAUAUUAUCACUGCAUAAACAGAUAAAACAGUAUAAAAAUUAGGACGGUAUGGAGAAUUAAUAUAAUUGCAUAGCCAUCUUAGUAGUCAUAUCGUAUCAAAUAACAGACUGAACUUUUUUUUUAUCCAUUUUGAGCUUCUUUUAAUGUUCCGUAUCUUUACUUUCCUCCUUAUGACCCUCUUAAUGAACUACAAUUUUCAAACCGAGCAAGCAAAAGAGAAAAAAAAGCAUGUAACUAGUUCAUUAUGGUGGUUGGUAUGAUGAAGCAUAUGUAACUCAUUCGUUUGUAUAGUGGUUUACGAUCAAACACAUGUAAUAAGUACAUGUGUACGUACAGUGGUGUUACGAUCAAACACAAGUAAUUCGUACAUUUGUAUACGUACAGUGUUGUUACGAUCAAAAACAUGUAACUAGUACAUGUGUAUAGUGGUGUUGCGAUCAAACACAUGUAAUUAGUAUAUUUUUAAAAUGGUGUUGCGAUCAAACACAUGUAAAUAGUAUAUUUGUAUGAUGGUGUAACGAUCAAACAUAUGUAAUUAAUUCAUUUGGAUAAUGGUGUGACGAUCAAACAUAUGUAAUUAAUGUACUUGUUUAAUGGUGUUAGGAUCAAUCACAUGUACUUAGUUUGAUUGUUUGACCUUGUAUAUGUACAUUAGUCUCAUUACAAUAAAUAAAGUUAAUUUCAAAUUU